GCUGUCGGCAAUCCCAAGCGAUCCUGUCGCCUAGCAACAUGACAAACUUUCCCUACUGCCUGAGUCUCACCCUGGGCAUUGCUUCCUAUUCAUCAUUAUCUUUCGUGCUUUAAUCAGCCAAGUGUUGCUUCAAACUAUGAACUCUUAGAUUAGAAAUAAGGCCUACGAACACUCGCAAUGUCGAAGACACCCAAGAAAAAGACGUCUUCCUCCAGUCUCGUCGCUUCUUCGCCUGGACACUCUCCCAAAAAAGAAGCAUCCUCAGCGGUCAGUGCAUCAGAAAGUCCUGAAGAGCCAAAGAAGAGUCUCAUCUCUCUCUGGCCGGAGUGGAGCGACACUGAGGUCAAUGCUGAGAAAUGGGAUGCAGCUAAAGCCUCUAAGGAUAGCAAGCUCUUUGAUGAUCCAGAAGGGAAGGUUGAACUUCCUGCCUCCUUGAGAGUACACACUUGGAAACGUCCUUCAGACUACAUACUUAAUAAGACUCCUGUUGUAGUGGAAAAUGAAGCUGCCUUCGACCUUACCUCAGCAAAUGAGCAUUUACUCUCUAGUGAGCUUAUGCGAUGGGUCAUUAGUGAGCUCUACAUUCUGUGGAAAGUCUGUAACACAGCAGAGGAGAAGGCCAUCUCCACAGAAAUAGUUUCCAGCCUUUGGAAACCCUGGGAACACAUUUACUCCCUGUGUAAAGCAGUGAAAGAUCACAUGCCCCUCUAUAAUGCCUAUGGGAAGUAUGUUAUUAAACUCUACUGGAUGGGAAGUUGGAGGAAGAUUACUGUUGAUGACAUGCUACCAUUUGACAAGGAUGGUAACCUGCUGCUUCCUGCUACUUUGAACCAAUCAGAGCUUUGGCCUAUGCUCUUGGUUAAAGGCAUACUGAAGGUGGCCAGUACUGAUAUUCCAGUCUCAGGCUCCGGGAGAGAGUUGGGAGAGUUUACAGUCAUCCACUGUCUCACCGGCUGGAUACCGGAGAUCAUUCCUUUAAAAUCUUGGUAUACAGGGAAAAUCUGGGAAUUUCUGAGGGACAAUAUUCCUCAAUUCCAGUUGGAGGAAGAGAGCUCAGAGGAGACUACGCCUGCUGACCUGAUGACAACAGAUUCUAAUGUGAACGAGAUGAAGAGGGAAUCUCCCACAGUACUGAAGAACAGAGAGUCUGCUACGAGAAAGAAUAAAGUUGACGACCAAGACAGAAAGACCAUUCAGCCCAAAGCAGCUAUCCAUGCAAAUAACACCACUAAACCUAUUUCUCAGACUGUAGUGUGUGCCAGUUACCAACCCUUACAUCUGAUGGAGAAAAGAACCUCGGUGCUUACAAGGAUGGCUGAUUCGUCUGAGAGUCUGAGGCAGUAUGGGCUCUCUCAGCUCUUCAGUCACCCUGUGCUGCUCACCUGCACUCGAGACUGCCCCCUGGUGGCCCCUCCUAAACCUCCCCCAGUUCCACAAUGGAAACUCAUCAGGCCCCGCAAGCAGACUAACAUUACUGAUGAACCCAAGGAACCCAUUGUUCAGAAGCCAGAGCAGUUCAUUGAAGUUUCCAGUCCCUUUAUAAACUACAAACUCAUGGCUAUGGUUGCACAUGACAUGGAGCAGGGUGGUGUAAAGAGGCGUGGAUAUAAUUCUAAUCUAAACUCAUUCUCUGAAAUGGAUGAUAGUGAAGAUGACCACACUAAGAAUGACAUCACCCAGAACACCCUUAAUGUAUCGGAAACCGCUGAAACCUCCCAGGUAACAGCAGAGGACAAGAAAAAGGACGACAGCAUCGCCAACGGGCCUGACAAAGAGACGGAUGGAAAGGAGAAGGAGAGGCUGCAGACAGCCAAAGAGUCCAGUGGUGCAUUGCUUCUGUCCCAGGAUGCAUCAGCAUCAGACAAACCCCCCCUGCUGGAGACCUGGGUGGACUUGCACAACUUCACUAAAUGCUUCCAGACACUGUUGGUUUUUCACAAGCCAGAUACUUAUGCACAUCAGUGUAAGACAUCACACUUUAAGAACUCUAUAUCCUCUCGGCUGUCUGCUGCUGCAUUGUCCAAUGCUGUGGCCUCCACCCACUCCAUCUCCGCUCAUGCUAGACAACCUGAUUCAACUGCAAUUGUUCAAACACAGUCUGCAGAUGGAAAAGGUACUCACUUCCUGUUUGUAGAUAGCCUGUUACCCACAGAAAUUGUCAUUGGAUUCUCAGCUUUGGUGCACUGGGGAGAGAGUGUGGAAGAGAAAAAGGAGUCAUCAGUCAGGCCUGGUUCUCUAACAGCUAAGCCUUUCUCGUGGAAGAGCAUGGUCUCUGAACUCCCUGUGGUGCAGAUUCAGACUACUGCUAGUAAAGCUGUGUUGCUUCCUCUUCCUCCAGGGCGUCAUGUUCUUCAUGUACACACUAGUGCUUCAUUGGCCGUCCACCUACAUCUAUUCAGCAUGUCUCCUUUUGUUUUUGGUGAUGAGGAGUCUGUUAUGCCACACCUUGACAAGGAGAGUCUGAGGUUCUGUGAGCAGGCUGUAAUGAUCAUGAGAUCCCUGGGUCGAGUGAUCAGCUGUUUCUCCGAUCCAGAGGAACAACCAUCAACCACCAAAGAACUUGAGAAGACCCAUGGUGUAGGCAUACAGCAACAAAGGGUUUUCAGUGAAGCUGUGUAUCAUAUGUUUUGCUCUGCUCUGGGGCGGAAACUGACCUCUGAGGAGUUGUUUGCAGUACAGACUCUGACAGGAGACCCAUCGCCACAUGGCAGCAAUGAUAAAGCCUUAGAUGCACGAUCAGAUGACACUCCAGAGCUCUGGAAUGACAGGCAGGCCACAGACAAGGAAAUGCAGGCAGCCACAGUGUUGCAGGCAGGCUGGAAAGGAUACCUAGUCAGAGAGAUCCUCACUGCAGCAAGACCAGGCACCAAGGAAAAUCUGAGCGUCGCUAAAACUCUGCAAGAGAUGUGGGCUCCUGUGGAAUCCGAUCUAGAGAAAAAUGCUGUAUCUUUACUGAGACACAUGGUUGCUAAUGGUGAAGGAAUAGCAGAGCUGUACCCCUGUGGAGAGGAUGAGUGCAACAGAAUAACGUUCUCUGACUAUUCAGUGCCCAUACCAGAGAUAACAAACUCCUGGAUUCUGAUCUUCAGGGAGGUGUUUCAUGUUCCUAAGAACAUGCUGCUUGUUCCUAAGAUUUUCUCCCCUCUUCCUGUAUGUAUUGUGCAUGUCAUCAAUAAUGACACUUUAGAGGAGAUUCCUAAAGUCUUUAACAGGGUGGAGCCAUAUAUAUACACCCCAAAUAAGGGCGGUUAUACAUUUGUAGCUGAGGCGCAGACUGGAGACACGCCUGUGAUUGGAGGAAAAUGGCGAAUGUUUCUUAUUGGCUGCCGGGAACCCCUGCCACAGCUGGCCAGAGAAACACCAAGCAAUAACUUUUCUGUAAAAGAGUUGAAAGGUUACUACAUCCCUAAUCAAAAGGAUAUCAUCUGCAGGCAUGUGGUAAAAGUCUCCAGUGACCACAGUGCAACUGUGCAGUUUCAGACUUCAAAAUCAGACGUCUACAUUAAACUCAGUAUCCUAGACCACGAGAAAGAGGUGGCCAGCAGUCAGGGCAAAGGGCAUGUCAUCAUUCCAGUCUACUGCUUCUUGGCCAGCAAUGGCGGUUCUGUGGCCCAGGCGGGGGCGAGGCAGGAUCAGGGCAGCCUUAUAGCAGAAGGGAGAGUGACAGGAGGGGGCGGAGGAAAGGAAGGGAGUGACCAGCACCCUACAGACACACUGGUUCAUAAGUAUUAUAUACAGGCGGAGGUGUUACAGGACAGCUGGCCUUUACCUGAAUCUCUCUCCUCCUUCAUCCAGAAACUCAGAGACAUAGAGCGCAAUGAAAUGAGAGUGUUUGGGGAUAUUUUGGAUAGCACAUCCAUGCCUUUGGGUGCAGACCAACAAAAAGAGGGCCAGAAAUCUGCUCCCAAAUCCACCCAAAAGGACAAGGAACGAAACAAGGACAAAGAUAAACUAACAUCAAAGUCAAGCUCCAUUAUGGAGCAAAGUUUGGAUGAGAGUAAGCCCCACUGGACCCUGCGUGUGGUGAGUGACCACAGUGAGGCAGGAAGUAUAGAGGUGAAGAAAGACACUGAGAAACUAGAGGAGAUCAGAGCCAUGAAACUGGCCUGGGAAGCAGCUGAGCCCGGCAGAGCAGCUAAGGCUCAUCAGACCCGGCUGCGCUAUCUCAAAGAGCUGCAAGAACGUGCAGAGAGUAAAGAGCCUGGCACGGCUGAAACAGACAAUCAACCUCAGCCCCAAGAGAGUGGAGAGCUCAUACAUAACACUGACAAAAAUGAUAUUGAUUAUACACCAUUCAUCAGGAAGUCUUUGCUGCAGCCUCGUCUGAAGGAUGAAGUGUUGGAGGAGGAGCAGAGGAGGGAACGCUCAGAGAAGUUCCAAAAUUUCCGCCUGAUCUGGGACAAUAUUCUGGAGCAGCGUAAACAGGAAAAAAUUGCACGCAAGGAAAUGAUGAAACGACAGCUAGAGACUUACAUUGGCUUUCAGGACACAAUGGAUGCAUAUCGGCAAAAGAUGCUGCAGGCUCGUGAGGCAUUCUGUUCCCGCAUCCUAAAGGAGCAGUCACAUAAGAAAAUAGAAGAGCCACCUAUGGAAACAGUCGAACAGGUUGAGCUAGAGAAAAACCCUACUACGGUCCAGUCGAGUGGACGGAAGAGUGGGGGCAAGAGGAAGUGAUCUGACCGACCAAAAUUUCAUAGCAAUAAAUUCUAAUUUUACUCUUCAUUUUAUUAAGAAUAUUGCAUUGCCUGUCCUUUGUGAAAAUAUAUUAAGAUAAGAUUUCUUUUGUAACAAGUGAAUUCGGUUUGUAAGAUUAGCAUGCCGAGUCACCGUGCUCUCACUGUCAGGUUAUCUUCCUCUGUGAUUCUUUAUUUAAAUGAUUACUGUCAGGAUUGAUUUGAGCUGCUCUGAAGGACAGCCUGUCUCAGAGCGGCAGAUAUCGUUUCCCAGAAGACACAGCUAGAGUAGUUCCGGAAUAUUAUUGUUCCUAUACAUUCAAACUAAUUACUAAAUGGCAAUUUAUUGCAUACUUUACAGAUGGAAUUAAUUAAAUCCUUGUAUGGUUUCCAAGUUUUUCUAGUUAAAAAGUUCAUUUAUAUAUUUUAUCACAUGAGAUAAAAUGAGUGCUGGAACGUAAGCACAAACAAAAUGACAAUGUGAUGUGAUUACAAAAAUAAAACAGUGAAACACUUGAUGAAUCUUC